GGUUGGGAGAAAUUCUUUGUCAACGCGAAUGACAGGACCAACGAAGGAAUUCGACACAUCUCACGAAACAUUCGUUCCGUCCAGUUCCAUCCGGAAGCCAAAGGAGGUCCACAGGAUACCGAAUAUUUAUUCGACGAAUUCCUCGAACAAGUACGAUCGGUGAAAGCCAAGAAGGAGGGCGUUAAGGUCUUUGUGCCUGAGGCGACCGUCACACCAACUGCUUCUCUCGUCGUUUAA